ACGCUGAGUUUGGGAGAUUUUCACGGUUUUUCACGCUUCAAUGUUGUCACGAAGGAGCUCACGACUGUUGAAUGGAGAAUUGCAUAUGAGAAACCAUGCAAUUGCAAUGUGUUCCAUGAGGCAACCCUACCGGCUGUCAAUUGCAUUGGCAGGAGAAAGAACGUUUGCUGUUUACCUCUGCUUUUCCUGGAUUUUCUCGGUGAAGAGUGCGUGAAAAUGGCCCAGAAGAGAGCGUCAGACAUGGCUGUUGCCAUUCCGGAUGCCAAGAAGGCAAGGAGCGACUUGGUGGCGUACACAAAUCGUGAUAAAGCGUUGAUGCAGUCGGGCAUCCCGCGGACAUCCAGCCUAUUCGCGCCUAUAAUGCAGUUGGAUGGACACCAGGGAGACAUUUUCACUUGUGAAUUUCAUCCUGAGGGGGAAAUAAUACUGUCCAGUGGCUUCGACAGGCAGAUUUUCAUUUGGAAAGUGUACGACGAGUGCGAGAAUAUCGGGUUCAUGACAGGACACACGGGAUCCGUGAUGGAGGCGCACUUCUCGCCAGACGGCAGCAACAUCUUCACCUGCGCCACGGACAACACUGUGGCCAUCUGGGAUGUGCCCACUUGCCAGCGCGUGCGGAAGCUCAAGGGACAUGGGACAUUCGUGAACAGCGUUCAGGGUGCGAGGCGUGGACCGCAAAUUCUGGUGUCCGGAAGUGAUGACAACACUGUAAAGAUGUGGGAUUCGCGGAAGCGCUACGCCACGGCGACUCUGGAGGCUUCUUAUCAAGUCACGGCGGUGACUUUCAACGACACCGCCGAGCAGAUCAUCAGCGGAGGAAUUGACAAUGACGUGAAAGUGUGGGACGUGCGAAAGAAUGAAGUUCUGCAUCGGCUAAAAGGUCACACAGACACGAUCACGGGUGUGAGUUUGUCUCCGGACGGCGCGUAUGUGCUCACGAACUCCAUGGACAAUACGCUGAGGGUGUGGGACAUUCGUCCCUAUGCACCUGCUGAGCGCUGCGUGAAGGUCUUCUCGGGGCAUCAGCACAACUUUGAGAAGAAUCUGCUGCGCUGCGCGUGGUCGAAGGACGGCAAUCUGGUCAGUUGUGGCUCUGCGGAUCGCUUCGUGUACAUCUGGGACGCCACUUCGCGGCACAUAAAGUACAAACUUCCCGGCCACAAUGGCAGCGUGAAUGACGUGGACUUCCAUCCGGAAGAGCCCAUAAUUGUGUCUGGAUCCAGCGACAAGACGCUCUACGUUGGCGAGAUUGAGUGAAUUUAAUGCGCCACAUUUGACUGCGUUUCCCACAUGGAUGACCAAUAAAUGUAUGACAUUAUAAUGCAUAAUUGAAGCGCAUUGAUUAAAUUCUUUUCAUAUCCAAUUAAUAAUUAAAACUUUAAUUUCGAACCAAUGAAUUUUGACUCUGUUUGCUGAAUCAUUUGUGCUCUGUUUAAUUAUUCAAAUUAAAAAAAGCACACAAACAGACUAUUUGACAAGAAUAUCUAAAUAAAUGCGCGCAUAAAGAGUGGAGAAAUCAUUUUUACACUCAUAAAACUCUUUAUCCUUCACAGAGGCGAAAUAAAAGACACGUCAGUACAAUUAUCAUUUUAUUUUAAAUUGUAUAAUUGUAGUAUAAUCUGCGCCUUUUCUGCAUUCUCUUUUAUCAUGUAAUUCUUUUGUUAGGAUUUAUUUCAGCGUCCCUCUAUUUAUUAAUUCUACUGUAUGUGUGUAAUAAAAUGUGGGAUUAAUUUACUCCUUUUGCGCCUUUCUUUUCAAUCUUGUUUUUAUUCUGAUGAAAUUACAAAUCCACUUUUUUUACCAUCCUUUUUUCACUUUUGUGCAAAAUUCCGCACACGAAUGAAAAAAAAAUUAUUUACUGAACUUAAUGAAGUUUGCACUCUAUUAGCAUUUUUUCCAUCGUGUGCGUAUGAAAAAAGCAGGAUAGAAAAUAAUGAGAUUUUGGAUUCAUUGUAUUUUUUGUAGUUAAAAAACGGCGGUUUUUUGCGCCAUUGAUUUUUUAUCCCAUACAAAAUUCAGCAGAUUUUCCAGCGCAAACAUUAGUCAGAAGAAUUUAUCAAAAAAACGUGUUUCUCGUGGGCUGAUUUUUCGUGUAUCUGUUUUUUUUUGUAUUCAUUUUAGAGAAAAAGGGGUAAACUUUAAAAAAUGUCAACAAGUUUCAUAUUUGAAUUUUCAGAAUUUUCAUUAUUAGACCAUAAUUAUCGAUUUUUUUUGUGACUUUUGGGUUCAUUUUCAUAAAUAUUCUUUUCAAAGUUAGGUUCCAUUUUGUUCAUUGUUCCAUUUCUUGAUGCCUCAUGAUUUUCAUGUCUUUUAAUCCAUUCCUUCAAAAGAAUUCUUCCCAUUCUAUCUUCACCCUCGAAAUUAAUUACAUUCUAGACUUUAUUUUAUUUAUAGUUAAUAUUUUAGUUU